UAGCAGGAGACAGGAGUGGGAGUGGGAGUGAGCACCCCAACAGGCCAGCAGGCAGUGUGUGUCAAGAGGCGAGCAGGAACUGUAGUGUGUUCCUCCGUGGCGGCGUGGGGGCUUAUCCUUGCUGCUAUUACUCGUGUGUACCAAUGUGUGUGUGUAUGGCGUACUAGCCUUGUGUACUGCCUCACCCCUGCGACCGCCCCGCCCUUGCCUGUGGAGACUGUGGCUCGUGUGGCACUGGGAACCUGUGGCCAUGGGGUGACAGUCAGCUGACCACCACCACCACCGCCUCCGCCACACGCCGCCUGGAAAAGAUCCUGAAAAAAAGAGGCGGAAAGAACUUAUUUUUGGAUUGUUAUGAAAGAGAUUACAGAUACAAAUACACAGGAAGGUAAAAAUAGACGUACCGUAACUGAAGACUGGUGAGAACGUUGUUUGCCCCUAAGCAUACCCAGAAUAAACCGCCGCCGGGGUAAAACAACGUUACUUUUUUGUAGGGAAAAAAAAAAUAACUAGAAAUACAUACUCCAUAAGAAAAAUAAUGCAUAGGAAAUAAAAAAGACGAAAGUAAAAGGAAACUGGCCUCAAAAUAAGUGAAGUGCCCUAUUAAGUCACAAGAAGAGGAAGAAAGAUUCACUCACUCCGGCCCUGAGGACAGCAUCUUCAGGAGGACCUGCGGGGCAUAGCUGACGGAGGACGUUCACCCCUCCUGGCUCCCGCUAAGGCGUGGGAUGUGGUGAUGUUGAGGAUGGUGAGAAGAUACGUGCCCCAUGCCUUGGUGGGGGCGCUGGUGCUGCUACUGCUGUACCGUGGCCAAUACACUUGCGAGCCUGCCCCACACCGCGCCCACAGACAGCACGUGGCGGCGGACAGCAGCGGCGCCCUUCACAACUAUGACCGGAACGAGCCCAUGAUCUUUAUCGGCGGCAUGCCUCGUUCGGGUACCACACUGAUCCGCGCUAUGCUGGACGCUCACCCCGACGUGCGCUGCGGGGAGGAGACGCGCGUGGUGCCCAGGAUACUGCAGAUGCGCCAGCAGUGGAAGCGAUCUGCCAAGGAGUCCGUCAGGCUGCAGGAGGCGGGCGUGACUGACGAGGUGCUGGAUGAGGCGAUAUCUUCCUUCAUUCUGGACGUGGUGGUGAACCAUGGCCAGCCUGCCGCUCGUCUCUGCAACAAGGACCCCUUCACCCUCAAGUCUGCCAGCUACCUCUCCAAGCUGUUCCCCAAAGCCAAGUUCAUCUUCAUGAUACGCGAUGGCAGGGCAACGGUGCACUCCAUCAUAUCCCGCAAGGUGACCAUUACUGGGUUUGACCUGUCGUCAUACAAGCAGUGCCUGCAGCGGUGGAACAGUGCCGUGCAGACCAUGAACACUCAGUGUGAGGAGCUGGGUAGCACAAGGUGUCUGCCGGUGUACUAUGAGCAGUUGGUGCUCCACCCGCAGGAGUGGAUGAGAAAGAUCCUGAACUUCCUGGAGAUUGCGUGGGAUGACUCUGUGUUGCACCACGAGGAACACAUCAACAAGCCAGGUGGCGUCUCCUUGUCCAAGGUGGAGCGCUCCAGUGACCAGGUGAUCAAGCCAGUGAACUUGGAUGCACUUACCAGAUGGGUGGGCCAGAUCCCCAAGGAUGUGGUGGAGGACAUGGCCAACAUUGCCCCAAUGUUGGCCACCCUGGGGUAUGACCCUUAUGGAAAUCCCCCUAACUACGGUCAGGCAGACGCGCUGGUGGCCAACAACACCAAGAGGAUACAGAAGGAGCAGAGCAAGUGGGAAAACAAAGCAGAGGCUGUGCGCAGCUACUCCAAAAACAGGAAAGCCGACAACACAUGAUUGAGGUCCUCCAAGCCUUGCGUUCCUCCCCAGCUGCCCCCAAGGCUCCAGUCACUGCAUGGGGUUGCUGUGUGUGGACAUCAACACCACUGUGAGGAUCUUGGACGAGGAGCUUUUUAAAACACCUUGAGCUUUUAAAGCAUAAAAUGCUCUUGAUAUUACAAGCUCGCUCCUUGUCCUUGUGUUUGACUCUUUCAUCCCUUUUUGGGUUAAGUUCUGGAUAAGAAAAAGACUUGUAGUCUAUUCCAUUUGUGAAUUUUCUUUGAAGACAAGAUAGAACUUUCUCUUUCUUCGGGUAUGAGAUCACUCCCUCUGUGCACUGUGAAUGACCACUGCAAGACGUUGUUUUUCUGCAUCAUGUUGUGAUUGGAAUUGAAAGAAACUUGCCUCCCUUGCAAACCCUCAUUCCUGAGCUCUUAUGUAAACACCAGUGAAUAGAGUGAAGAAAUCAAAUGUCUUGUUACUUCAUCUCUCGGUCGCUUGUGUGACAAAGGAGUGACCCAGCAUUACUUAUAGAACGGUUAUAUUUAUUUUAGAGAGCUGGAAAAGAAUCCAGGGCAGGUGUGAGUGAGGUAAUGUGUGUCUGAAGGUGUGGUGUGAAGCUGUGAUGUUGAGUGUGGCAGUGGGAGACACCUAUAGAUGUAAGGCAACAUUGCAUGACCUCUCUAUCGUGCCAUGAAGUGAAGGAGUCAAUAUCAAAGUGUUAUUCGUGACAUUGGCAGGCAUUAAUAGUAGUGGUGGGCAGUGAAGUCUUAGUGUUAGGUAGACUGGAUAGCUGUAGCAUGUAUUAGUGGUAGAUGGUGUAGCAGCUUUGGUGAGAUAUGUGGGCAGGUAUGGGGUUAGUUAUGGUAGAUAUGGUAUUGGUGGUAAUGGUGUACAGGGUUUUUCCAUUUGUUCCCCCUAAUGCCAAAGUACUUAGUUACUCUACAGUAUGACAGUAUUACACUCCAAUAGCACUCCACACAGCUGCUCCACACCACACCACCAGUGUAUUCACUCCUCCAUUCCCCGCAUGCCACAUCUCACUAAACCAUUCCUUGUUUAACACCAUACCACACUGCAGCACUUAACAUUGUAACAUUUCUCAAACUACACCAACUAACACCACACCACAUCCUUCAUGUCAGACCAGCACACCACAUUACACUUAACACACUUCACUAAACUACAUCACACAAGAAUUUUCACCACAAACACCAUGCCACCCCUUACAAGCAGAUUCACACUUACCACACCACACACAGAAAGAACAUGUGAGAAAUGAAAAGAUCUGACAAUGCAAAGAUCUGAUACAUAUACUUUCUAGGUAUUCAAAGAUCUCUAAAACACCUAGAAAGCAAAAAGAAAGGAUGAAAUGGAAAUGACAUUUAUAGGAAAUGACCUUUAUAAACUCAAGCAUAUACAGCCAAGGAGUGCCAGAGGUUCAGAAUAGCCCAGACUGAACUAGAUAGUUUUACCACACACACACACACACACACACACACACACACACACACACACACACACACACACACACACACACACACACACACACACACACACACACAUCUUGCUCCAGUGAAUAUUAAUCACUACAAGCAUCAAUUAAUAUACAGUACAUGUAAUGACCUGUAUUCAGCAGUUCAAUACUAACACAGCUCACCACUGGAUGUCUGUGUCAGUCAGAGUCAGAGUGGCAUUAAGAGCACAACAGUUGCAGACCUGCACUUCAUCAGGCUUGUCACCCAACAAACCCACAUUGGUGCUUCUCUGUUUAUUUAACCUUAUAAAGAUGUUAUCACCCUGUUACUACUAGGUUUAUUUUUUAAAACUUUAUGGAUGUCAUUACACUUAUUAUUCAUGCUCAGUUUUCAUUAUAGUUGAUGAUAAUGAAGUAAUAAAAUAAUGCCACAAAUUCACACUAAGAAAUUAUUAUAAGUGACCUUUUUAGAACAUUCAUCACUUUGUUUAAUUAUUAGCAUUUUUGAAUGGUAGCAAUAAUGGUGUGGCAAAUCAAGUGUCACAGAGCUUGCAAUCAGAAAUCAUCAGAAGUGUCCUUUUAGAACACAAAUGUUUAGCUGCUUGAGAGUGUGUGUGUGUGUGGUAUGCAUAGCCAAAGUGAAUGUGCAGAGCGGUAUACGUACAUAGAUACACCAUUUGUAGCUUUUGUCACCCAGUCUUAAAAACACGGAUUUUAGGACAAUUCACAUUGCAUGGUGUCUGAAGAAGGAAUUUUCUGUGAUAAAGAAAAAUAGGAAAAGAGCCUGUUAUAUUAGUGAAUGAAUCAGAUAUACAAAAUAUACAUUCCAUAUUUAAGGCAAGAGUAAAGAGGAGCAAGUGCUGGUGUCCUGAAGACACUGAGGCAAUUUUUCUUCCCUUCUCUCUGCCAUGCAUUGUGAAUAUCGUUACUCUGAGAGAGUGAUGGUGUGCUGGUGGUCAGCUGUAACCUUUGCCAAACAGCAGCUGCCCGUGAGCAGGACCAGGUGGCCACACAACAUAGUUCUGGGCACUCUGUCCUCUGUUCAACACCACCCCAAGCUGGCUCUUCUGGCCUGAAUAAAAAGAAUGAUUAAAAUUUCCCCAGGUAUACUGAAAUGGAGAAAUUGGAAGCAGCAAUAAUAUUGUGUAUAUUUCUAUUAGUAUAUAUCAUUAUAUGCACUUUUCAUUAUAUUUAUUAUGUAAUAUGUUUAUUUGAAGAUAUAUUAAAUAUUUUUUAAAUAGCAAAAAAUAUUGUUCAUCAUAUUAUACAUGAUAAUAUAUUUGACAAACAAAUUUUGAAUAUAUUUUCUGUAUAUAAUAUUUUUAUAGUCUGCCGCAUCAUGAGGUUUGAUUUGUUUUAGUUAAAAAAGAGAUGUCAAAAAUCAUAUUUAUGAUAAUCUCUGGAAAUGAGGAAGCAGCCAAACAGCAAGAGGCAGGAGGCACUCAAGGGCCGGAAGGUUGACAGCUCUAGGUACUGAGUGACAGAUAAAGGACAGAACAAAACUCAUAAAAUGUCUUGUCUAAAAUGUAAAGAAGAAUAAGUUCACAUCUGAAAAGCCAAGUCUUCAGGUAAUCUUCAUGACCUCUUGACGGACAAUCAGUGUGCUAACCAUGUCCUGGUCUGCCCAUUGGUUAUCUAUGGGACUUUUUUUUUUUUUUUUUUUUUUUUCAUAAUCAUUAUUUUCAUCUUAUACUUUUGUAUCAUGGUAGCUUCCUGCACAACAACAGUUAUUACUUGGUAUUUUCUAUUCUUUACUUUUAUAAUUCCAACUGUCAUCUUCAGCUUUUUCUUUUGAAUUUGCACAAUUUUCCUUUUACCUGGGAAUUCUUAUCACCAUCAUUUUACCUUUUUUUUUUUCUUUUGAAGAUUUCAACAUUCAGUAUUCUUUUUGCUUCUUUUUACACCACAUGAUCAUACUCAUUCUUCUUCCUUUUCAUCCAGAUCAGAUUUCAAACUGACAUGAUGCAGUGCAGCAACACACUGUCUUAUUCCUGAUUUAGCCUACAUGCAUAUCUUGGGUGGAUCUUUAUGUAAUUAUUGUUGGGAAUUAAUUCCUGGUGAAGUGUACCUAUAUUUUGCAGAAAGGGUUUUAAAAGAGUUGUCACCAGUUUGUAUAUCUCAGUAGUGUAGUGCAAGGUUUGCAUACAUUUUGUGGGAGGAGUGAUGGAUAUUCCUUAGUCUAUAAGAAGGGUGAGGGAGGUGUAGAGAUGUGUGUGUGUAAUGUGUGUGUGAUCAACUCCAGCCUUGCGGUGAUGAUACUAGCACAACCUGUCUUGUUAAGUUGCUUCAAAAAGAUGUUGGGUUCCUUGAUACUGUACUACUUUUUUACUUUUCGUACCAAGUGAAAAGAUUCUAAACUCCACCAGCUGCCCAGUGUAAUGAAUGAUGUUUAGCAGUGCAUUUAUCAUACAGGAAAAAAGAAGCUUAUUAAAACAUUUAGCUCAAUAAGUUUAAGACUAAGUCAAUUUUUAGAGUGUAUGUAAAUUGUCUAAGUGAAUAAAAAAAGCAUUGGUGUAUAGCUUGAUGUGAUGCAGAAUGUCUCGCUUUGUGUUUUCCUUUGUGUGUGCUCAGCAAGUCGUGCUUCUGCUCAGACCUUGGAAUGCAGGAAUUGAGUGUAGUGGUGGCACCUGAAGAGACACAGGGACAUUAGGGGAACACUGGCAUCCCUCUUUAAAGUCCAGCAGAUUUGUGAUGGCAUUCUUAGGGACACAAGGGGGAAGCUGAUACCUCUCUGUAAACCCUUAGCAACCUGACUUGUGGUGACAUUCUUGGGGACACAGGGACAUGAGAAGAAGGCUAACAUUCCUCUGUGAAGUCCCUUGGUACUCUUGUUUUCUUUUAGACUGAUACUUCAAAGCCCAGCCACAUCUGUCUUUUCCACCCUGCUUCUCUCUUAACGCUCCCUUCUCCUCCUCCUGUUCCUCCUGUGUGUGUGAUGUGUGUAGAGGUUCUGGUGCUGCUGCUCAGUGAUGUCAUGUGUUUGUUACUGUUCUGACAUCUUCAGCUCCCCACUUCAUAUUUAUCAUCUUCAUAAGAGAUAAGCAGUGAGUGUGUGAUGUGGUGUUGAUGGAAUGCCUGGAUAAUUGCCAUCAUCAACACUCUUCAUGAUGCAAGGAACUACUGUAUACUGGGCUUUGAGUGUUAUGUGAUGCUAAGGUGAACAUUUGCAGAGUUCAGAACUUAAUGAGAAUGUUUGCAAUGUUUAAGACUUCUUAUGAUUUUGUUUGCUGAGAACUGUUCAAAACUUCAUUUAAUUUUGUUUGUAGUGUUUCAGAAUUUCAUGUUAUUUUGCUUGCAUUGUUCAAAACUUUAAAGCUUUUAUGAGGAUAAUUGCAAUGGCUAAAACUUCCUAUAAUUUUGGAUGCAGUGUUCAAAACUUUUUUUUUUUUCAGGGUUCAAAACUUCAUGUGAUUUGUUUGUAAUGCUCAAAACUUAGACAUUUUGUCUGUAACAUUUUAAAAAACUUCAUGUGAUUUUGUCUCCACUGUUCAGAACUUCUUGGAAAUGUUUACAAAAUUCAGAAUUAUGGUUUUGUUUGCAGUUUAAUUAGAGCUUCACUAGGAUGUUUGCAAUGUUCAUCUUCACUUGAGUGAGUGUUUGCAGAUGACAAAAUUUGUACUAUUCAAAAUAUAACAUGAAUAUUUGCAAAUGUUCAGCUUGUACCUACCACAGAAAAUUUCCCUGAUAUUAUGUGAAUGAAUGUGAUAAAAUGUUACCCGCUGAACACUUUUUUUGAACUGUACUCAAAAGGAAUUUACAUCUUUAUAAUAUACACUACUAUAUAUUCUUUCCCUCAAAAUUGUGAAGUGUCCCAAAUACAUAGUGCAUCAGUUAUA